GGCAGGCGCUGCGGAGGAGCCCAGAGCCACUGGGCCUCGGGGGCAGUUGGAAGGGCUGGGCGCAGGGGCCGCCGGCCCGCAGGAAAGUUCCUGGAUCCGGGAAAGUUGCUGGCGGACGGCCCGCUCUCCCUCUGCCGGUGGCUGCCUGCUGUGUGACCUUGGGCCUCUGCGCCCAGCCUCUGAGCCCUUUCCGCGACCAACGUGCUGGCCAAAGCCCUUUAUGACAAUGUGGCUGAGUCCCCGGAUGAGCUCUCCUUCCGCAAGGGUGACAUCAUGACAGUGCUGGAGCGGGACACACAGGGCCUGGAUGGCUGGUGGCUCUGCUCGCUGCAUGGGCGUCAGGGCAUUGUGCCUGGGAACCGCCUCAAGAUCCUGGUGGGCAUGUACGACAAGAAGCCAGCAGGGCCUGGCCCUGGCCCACCUGCCACCCCAGCCCAGCCCCAGCCUGGCCUCUCACAGGGCCUCCAUGCUACAGCACCCCCAGCUUCCCAGUACACACCCAUGCUCCCCGCUGCAUACCAGCCCCAGUCUGACAGCGUCUACCUGGUACCCACACCCAGCAAGGCUCAGCAAGGCCUAUACCAAUCCCCUGGGCCCAGUCCACAGUUCCAGUCACCCCCAGCUAAGCAGGCAUCCACAUCCUCUAAGCAGACACCCCAUCACCCGUUUUCCAGCCCAGCUACAGACCUUUACCAGGUGCCCCCAGGACCUGGAAGUCCUGCCCAAGACAUUUACCAGGUGCCACCUUCUGCUGGCAUAGGGCAUGACAUCUACCAGGUCCCGCCAUCCAUGGACACUCGCAGCUGGGAUGGGACGAAGCCACCUGCAAAGGUGGUGGUGCCCACCCGAGUGGGGCAGGGCUACGUAUAUGAGGCCUCCCAGCUGGAACAGGAUGAGUAUGACAUCCCACGCCACCUGCUGGCCCCAGGACCCCAGGACAUCUACGAUGUACCCCCUGUUCGGGGGAUACUUCCCAGCCAGUAUGGCCAAGAGGUAUAUGACACACCCCCCAUGGCUGUCAAGGGUCCUAAUGGCCGAGACCCAUUGCUGGAUGUAUAUGAUGUGCCCCCCAGUGUGGAGAAGGGCCUGCCACCAUCUAAUCACCACGCGGUGUAUGAUGUUCCUCCAUCGGUGAGCAAGGAUGUGCCCGAUGGCCCACUGAUGCGCGAGGAGACCUACGAUGUACCCCCUGCCUUUGCCAAGGCCAAGCCCUUUGACCCAGCUCGCCACCCGUUAAUCCUUGCUGCACCUCCCCCGGACUCCCCRCCAGCUGAGGAUGUGUAUGACGUACCACCCCCUGCACCUGACCUCUAUGACGUGCCCCCUGGCCUGAGGAGGCCUGGUCCCGGCACCCUGUAUGAUGUGCCUCGUGAACGGGUGCUUCCUCCUGAGGCAGCUGAUGGUGCUGUGGUUGAUGAUGGUGUGUAUUCUGUGCCCCCACCAGCUGAGCGAGAGGCUCCUGCCGAGGGCAAGCGCCUGUCGGCCUCCAGCACAGGCAGCACRCGCAGCAGCCAGUCGGCAUCUUCCUUGGAGGUGGCAGUGCCAGGCCGGGAGCCCCUGGAGCUAGAGGUCGCUGUGGAGUCCUUGGCACGGCUGCAGCAGGGUGUUAGUGCCACUGUGUCCCACCUUCUGGACCUGGURGGCAGUGCUGGUGGGGCUGGAGGCUGGCGUAGCACCCCUGAGCCUCAGGAGCCACCAGUGCAGGACCUACGGGCUGCAGUGGCUGCUGUCCAAGCGGCUGUCCAUGAGCUACUGGAGUUCGCCCGCAGCGCCGUGAGCAAUGCUGCCCACACUUCUGACCGCACCUUACAUGCCAAGCUUACUCGGCAGCUACAGAAGAUGGAGGAUGUGUACCAGACAUUGGUGGCACAUGGUCCAGUCCUUGACAGUGGCCGGGGAGGUCCAGCAUUUACCCUUGAAGAUAUGGACCGUCUGGUGGCCUGCUCCCGGGCCGUACCUGAGGAUGCCAAGCAGCUGGCCUCCUUCUUGCAUGGCAAUGCCUCACUGCUCUUCAGACGGACCAAGGCCACUGCCCCAGGGCCUGAGGGGGGCGGAACCCUGCAUCCCAAUCCCACUGACAAGGCCAGCAGCAUCCARUCACGGCCCCUGCCCUCACCCCCAAAGUUUACCUCCCAGGACUCUCCAGAUGGGCAGUACGAGAACAGCGAGGGGGGCUGGAUGGAGGAUUAUGACUACGUCCACUUGCAGGGGAAGGAAGAGUUUGAGAAGACGCAGAAGGAGCUGCUGGAAAAGGGCAACAUCAUGCGGCAGGGGAAGGGCCAGCUGGAGCUGCAGCAGCUGAAGCAGUUUGAGCGCCUGGAGCAGGAGGUAUCACGCCCCAUAGACCAUGACCUGGCCAACUGGACGCCGGCCCAGCCCUUGGCACCAGGGCGCACAGGUGGCCUAGGGCCCUCAGACCGGCAGCUGCUGCUCUUCUACCUCGAGCAGUGUGAAGCCAACCUGACCACGCUGACCGACGCAGUGGAAGCCUUCUUCACCGCUGUGGCCACCAACCAGCCGCCCAAGAUCUUCGUGGCGCAUAGCAAGUUCGUCAUCCUCAGCGCCCACAAGCUAGUGUUUAUUGGGGACACGCUGUCACGGCAGGCCAAGGCCGCUGACGUACGCAGCCAGGUUACCCACUAUAGCAACCUGCUGUGCGAUCUUCUGCGUGGUAUUGUGGCCACCACCAAGGCUGCUGCCCUACAGUACCCAUCACCCUCUGCUGCCCAGGACAUGGUGGACAGGGUCAAGGAGUUGGGCCACAGUACCCAACAGUUCCGCCGGGUCUUAGGCCAGCUGGCCACUGCCUGAGAGCAGAUGACAAGGGUGUGGAGGCAGGGGAGGCAGCAGCAAUGGCCCGAGCUACCCCAGGCAGCCAUCCURAGAGUGGAUGCCCCACAGGCUUGGGGACAGGGAACCCCAGCUUUGCCUCSGGCCCAGUGCCCUCUACUGUCCAGGGAUUUGUAUAUAUUUAUGACAGGGCAGGAUGGUGGGAUGGCACCUCAGAGGAGCCAGCUGGUGCUGUCCCUGAGACAGCUAUAGGACCAGGAGGGUGGCCACAGAGGGCCAGGGUGGAGGGCUUCAGUCCCCAGGGCUUCCUGUGGCCCUUGGCCUAACCCUGUCCCUGAGACGGGUAAGUGCAGCAGUGGCAUAUUCCUUCUCUGUGGGAGAAAACCUGAAAGAACUAUUUUUCAUUAUUGAUUU